GGCAAACUGAACGGCCUGCGCAUACCUGAAGACCUCGUCCUGCCAAGGCUCAAACACCAGCGCAUUCCUGGCAAGGUCAUCCUAGCUGGCCCAUCGGCCAUUCAGGGCAAUUUGAACCUCAAUAAGGUCAACGACCUGUAUCUGGAACAACUGUUGGCUGAGAGGGUGACGCUGAGCGGCGAUCAGAGGCUGAGGUCCAAGCUCAUCUUCCAGAGGGACGUUCCAAUUUACGGUGACCUCGGUUACGAGCGCAUCAAUGGCAUUUUGAGGGAGCACUUGGUUACUCAAUCCGGGGAGUACAAGCUGUCUGGUGCGAAGACAUUCGUCCAGGACGUGGAGGUCCGUGGAAACCUGAACACAGUGACGGUCAACGGGUACGAUCUGGUCGAGCUUGCGAGAGAUGUCGUCCUUGUCAACAGACCUGAGGAGAUACCGCAUUCUACUGUUUUUUCGGCUCCGAUCGAAGUAGUAGGACAGAUCACGGUCGUGGGAACCGCAAACGGCAUCGACGUUCAAAACCUGAAGCAGAACUUUGACGCUGGCAAGAACAGGUGGAAGCAAGGAGCGCAGAGCAUGGUCGAUGCCCUGCGACACCACGAAGCUGUCCUGCAGAGACAGCAUGCUGCUUACAAAGGACAAGCCACAGGUCUUGCCUACUUCAGGGCCUUUCAGACUCUGGAUAUUCCAUCUCGAAGGAUCUUGACUAGCCCCAUGGCUCGCUCCGUGAAGUCUCCCUGGAAUACAGUUCCUGCUGACAUGAUGGUUCUCUGGACUGCCUGGCCCACUCACUGCCUCCAUGGUAGAGAGAAUUGCUGUGAGGAGUUCUCGUCGGAGGUGCUCAACGUAGAGCCGGACGGCGCACUGUCCAAGGGACGACUCGCCCUGCGCCGUCGCUAUUUCCCGUUUGCCUCUGGGCAUGCCUCAACACAGCCUGGAUUUGUUGUCUGGACCAAUAGCACCUCGAGCAGACUGGGUUGCGAACAUCCAGGUGCAGAGGUGCUGUUCCUGGGUCUUCUCGAUCCACGUGGCCAGCUUGCGAGCGAUCAGCUCGUCAAGGUAGACCUGAGGGUGACUGCGUCGGCCUUUGUGAGCGACGUCAAGAUGUUUGAAUUUCUCGGAAGCACGUACCUGGUUGUCGCCCACUCGUUCAACAAAUACCUUCUGCCCUCAAGCAAAGGUGGACACAUCGACAUCUAUCUGCUUGCACCGGGCCAAGCCCACUGGCAGCUUCACCAAACUCUGAAUGCCACUGGUGUGGCGUCCAUCGACGUUGUGGAAUUCGACGGCAUUGUGUUCCUCUCGUCUGCAAACAGCUGGAAGCAGGGCUUGACAUCAACAUACUCCACUGUCUACACCCUAUCGGGAGCUGUUAACAUGUUUGUGCCAAUGGCGGAUGUGCCCACGUCGCUGGCGUCGUCGACGCUGUUCCUCACCGUGGACAACUCGCUGCUGUGUGCAUUUGCGAGUGAAAAGACCGGGCUCCAGGACCAGCACAGCUGGCUUGAUGCCCACACUGAGCCAGUUAGCAUCUACCGGCACAUGUACGGCCGCUUUCAGCUCCUUCAAAACAUUCCCAUGCCCGGCGUCAACGCCAUGGAGCACUUCAGGUUUGCAGGCGACGCAUUUCUUGUGCUCGGCAGCCGUCACCUGCAGACGGUCGCGAUCUACCAGUGGAAAGGCUACAGCAAGUUCGAACAGGUCCAGGCGAUCUCCGUGUCGCCGGUGGCCCUGAAGUCCUACUGGUCUCGCACUGGCAGUCUAUUCCUCUCGGUGGCCACGGAAUGUGGCAAGACUCGAGUGUUUGAAGCUUUGCCGUACGGCCGCUGCAUUUCCCCGAGGGACCAAGUGGGCCAUAGUUCUAGCCACACACGAGCAAUUUGAUAUUAACGCACAUGCAGUGCUGGCAUCUCUGCGUAUGUUAAACAAAUGCAGGAUGCUACACAAAUGUAGUACUAGUCGUCACUUCAGGACUAACUUCCCAUGUUGGGCUACUUCUUGAAGUACCUGCGUAUGUUAUUUACCCCAAUGUUGUUUUUUUUUACAUUUGUCUGUUGACUUUGUUGCUGAUGCAACUUUUUUAUGUAUGCAUGGCUACCUGUUAACUGCAGCUUUUGCUGCAAGUGCAAGUCAAACUUGCCACAUUGCUUGUUUUGUACUAGGCAUUUUUUGCCUCUACUUGACAUAAAAUAAAGCCUUCUUAUUUUAUGCCGUU